CAGUAUGACAUGCAGAUGAGUGCCGUCGAUCUUAGAAUCACCGCACACUUCACUCAUUUGGGCAGUCACGGGGCCAAAACCAGAGUGUGGAGCCACAGUGUGGCGGUGGAGGCAGCAGCAAUGGGAGGCCAUACAGCACCCUAUGACAAAAUGGAACCCACCAGCAGUGUGAGGAGACCUGAAAGUGGCACAUGGCAGAGUGUGGCGAUGGAGACAGCAGCAAUGGGAGGCCGUACAGGGACCCAUGACACACUCUGGACCUGGCAGCAGCAUGAGGAGGCGGUACAGGGGCCCAUGGCAGCUGGCGGAGCAGAAGCAGCUUCAAUUGAAGGCCAUACACAGGCCUAGGUUAAAAAGUCCCCCAGCAGCAGUGUGGGGAGAC